AUGCAUCUCUUUCGCCUUUUGUUGGCAGGAGCGCUCGUCGCCUCCAGCGCGGCGUCGUCGAACAUCACCAUCUACCGAAAUGAGUCCUUCGUCCCCGGAAACCAGCUCCCGCCUUCCCAUGCAACGUCGGACGGCGGCUCCAUUGUCGAGCUCUUCCUGAGCCUCAGUCGCUCGACGACAUGGAAGCUCGUCUCCAAGACCAAGUUUGAAGGCGACACGGGCGAGCCGGAGGGCAUGGCGCGCGUCGGCGACGACCGCUUCUUCCUGUCGUCCGGCCAGUGGACGGUGCCGACAGUGCACUACAACGGCACCAUCAACGGCACCGACCGGACCCCCGGGGCUGGGUUCGCGCACAUGGUCAUCUACGACGGCCAGGGGCGACGCAUCGCCAACGCGACGCUCACCGACCCGGGCGACAUCGAGUACCACGGCGGCGGGAUCGACUACGACGGGCGGUACAUCUGGAUCACGCUGGCGCAGUACCGGCCCAACACGACGGCGACGAUCGCGCGCAUCGACCCGCUGACGCUCGAGCAGACGCGGCUCUUCCGCACGCACGACCACAACGGCGGCAUCAUCCACGACACCGUCACCGACGAGCUGGUGACGCUGAACUGGGGCGCCCGCAACGCCACGGCCUGGUCGCUGAAAGACUACCCGCGCGGCUUCACGCCGCUGCCGGGGUUCACGCCGCCACAGCGCGCCGUGCCCAACCCAAGCUUCUACGUCGACUACCAGGACUGCAAGUUCCUGGGCCACCACGCCGUGCCCAGCGCUCUCGUCAAGACGCAGACCAACAGCAACAGCAACAGCAACAGCAAGAGCGAAGAAAGACCGAUCAUGCUCUGCGGCGGCGUAGCCACCAUCGGCACCAACUUCAACCUGGGCGGGCUCGCGCUCGUCGAUCUCGAGUCGAUGCUCCCGCUGUGGGAAGUCCCCAUGGCGCUGACCUCUGAUCUGGGAGUGAGCCUGACCGAGAAUCCCGUCGAUGCCGCCGUGGUCGAUGGCAAGUUGAGGCUGUACUUUUUGCCUGAUCAGCAUAACUCUACGCUGUAUGUGUACGAGGCGGAGUGA